AUGUGGGGUAGUCAGGUGCUGGAUAAUUCAACUGGUGUCCCUCGUGCUGAGCUGAAUAUGGAGGGGAAAUACACUUGUAAGGCUACAAGCCAGGCAGGAACCGACAGCAAAGAAGUACGAGUGAGUUUUACGAGUAAGUAUUGGAUUGAGUAUAAUAUGAUGAACACAGUGAGGUAGUAUAGGGCAUAAUUUAUUGAACUGGCCAAUUAUUAAAGGGGGACUUGAUUCUAAAAUUUCUUUGCGAACCAUAAGUUUAAGAGAGCCUGGAAGGCACCUCGUAACUACUCUAAAUCCUAUAACUUUGCUUACUAAAUUCUAUUGCCAUUGCAAUUCGCUCGUUUGUUUUCCCCCUUGCAUGAUUCUGUUUAUUAAUAGUCAAUGUGGGGCAAAUGUUAGGCCAACACAGAGCCAAUAGACCGGUGUUGGGCUUAUGGGGGUACCAUGUCAGGCAAUAUAGAGUUAACUGAAGUAAGGCCAAUGACUGGUUGUAUUUUUAUUGCAGCUUGCCCUUUUUGCUCUCAGGCAGAAGGGCAGUGGUAUUCUCACUGGGGAAACACUCUUUCCUGUUCAAAUGUUCGCUCACCAGCAGACAUCAACUGCGCUUCUACUCUUGCGGAAGUUCUGUGAGUCUACAAAUUUGAACAAAAAUGGAGAGGGAGGAUAUGGGGAUACCGUACAACCAACAAAUUUGGUGACCUACCCCUCCCCAUAGCCAACAUUUUACCUUAAGUGAAAAGUAAGUGUUAACUUUUCCUUAGGGGAGGGGUAGGUGGACAGUUUUCCUAAAUUUGUCCACACUUUGUCUCAAUCUUUGGUGGCUGUUUGCUUAUCAUUCAAAAACAUUUUAACAAGGUGUGAUUACAACGGUUGUUAUGGUAACCAGCUAUAAUAGGAUAGAUAAGGUCAGGACAUUUUAAUUUCUGAAAACUAUUCAACCUCCUGCAAAGUUUCACGACUCUGGCCAGUGCUUUAUGCCAAGAUAUUUUUUAUAGUGUGUUUUAAUUUCAACCAUACCCGUUCUAUUUCAGGUACCUGUAUGCAAGCUACUUAAAAAAUCUGCCAGCUGACAUGUUUGCAAGUCUUUCCAACGUGCGUUACCUGUGAGUAUUAUAUUUACCCUGCACUUACAUGCAUUGGCACUGUCCUCAUGCUCCUGGUAUAAGCUAGGUUAAGCAACAACGACGACGACAGUAGUGAAAAAGUCGUUAACAAAAUGAAUUUGCGCCUUUCAAACUUUAUGGCGUCUUACGUGGACUAGUCUGCAUGUGUCGGCAAAAAUCACAGCAGUGCGUUGCGAGGAGGGGUGUAUCAGACGAUGUGUCGGCAAAAAUCACAGCAGUGCGUUGCGAGGAGGGGUGUAUCAGACGAUGUGUCGGCAAAAAUCACUCGUCACGUAACGCUCCUCCCCUCCCCGUUUGUGGGGAGGAGCGUUGUGUGACGACACUAAAAACGGAUGUGUAGCAGACUAUACGUGGACCCACUCAAUUUGAUUUAAUUUAAUUUAUAAAACCAAUUGUUUUUUAACGUUGUUGUUGUCGUCGGCGCCGUCCCUAACCGUAUUGUGUCUCCUCCUCGAUUAAAAUGCCAAUAUAUAGAAAUGGGAAUACCACUUGAAUACAGUUGAUUUGAGAAUCUCUUUUCUGACUGCAUGACUGAUCAUCUAUUUCUAAAAGGAUCCGCUGACUACUGUCUCUAGAUAAUGGUAUUCCCGAUACCUGCCAUCUUUGCAAGCGCUUUAGGAUUGAUGGGAUAAAAGAAAUGUCACGUGGUAUUUCAGGGGGCAAACAAGUGACAAAAUUUGUCAACACGAGUAGUUAAAUCGCGGUCGCCGGAGUUUGAUUAUUUUUUCAAAAGUCAAGGACGAUUUAAUAGUCAUGCAAAAUCUACGGUUCUAGUUUCGACAAGUUUACGUCAUUAUGACUUGCUGUUAGGACAUCUACGGUCGCUACUGCAACUAGAAAAGUAACAAUGAUCACUUUCAGCCCUAAUUUUCCCUUAUCGCCUUUAAGAUAAAAAGCUCUUUAUUUUCUGUUGUUUAGAAUAUACAAACUCGACCGCGAUUUCUUGCAUUGGCAAAUUUAAUCACUUGUUUGCCCCCUGAGAAUUAAAGCACGUGACAUCGCUUUUAUCUUAUCAGUCCUUAAGCGCGUGCAAAGAUGGCGGGUAUCGUGAAUAAGGUCUACUGAAUUGCCUGUAUUUUGUUGCCCCAAGCCUCUGUUUCAAAGCGAGGCUAAAUGCGAAGCCAUUGAUAUGAAAACGAGUUUUAUUCUCAUGAAAAUGAAACUCAUUUUCAUGUGAACGGUUUUGCACUUUGUCCACUUAUUUUUCACUGGUUGUACAUGGGGCAUGUUAAAUUUGGCACAAGCAAAAUGGAUUUGUUUAUUUUAAUUUUAUUUGUUUUAUAACUAAUAUCAAUAAUUUAAUUUUGGACAAGGCUUUAGGCUCAGUAAAUUUCCAAACUGAAACAACCCUCCAGCUUAUUUAAUCAACUCUGUCUCCAGUUGAAAGUUACCAUAUCAUUUUUCCGCAGUUUUUUAGCAUCAAACAACAUCCAAACGCUAUCUGCCCAAUUAUUCUCCAACUUGAGAGAUUUAGUACAACUGUAAGUUACUAUGCUUUAAGUUAGCUCUUUAUAAAAACUAGGGAGAAACAGUGACAUGCACCCCAACUGGUUUCUCCGCGACAGACGUCUGAGAAACGACUGUAGCCGAAUUCCGCAAUUAUGACAGGUCACUAACCAGAUCUAGGUCGUUUGUCUGACUGCUGUCAGAAGUACGCGUCAUCAGUUUGGAAUUUCUGCAGUCGUUCCUCAAACGUCACUGGUUUCGUGCAGGGAGACCAGAAAUGGCGUCGCGAAAUUAAAUGUCUUCUGUUUCCUCAGACUAGUUAAUUUCUGAAAAAUGUACUCUAACCGAAACGCUUACACUCGAUAUGCGGUGAAAUAUAAGUUCAAAAAAUGCUUUCAUUUGAUACGUCCUGCAUUUGACUGAAUAUGCCUUUUUUUGUCCACGCAGAGACUUAUCUUCAAACGCCAUCUCAGUUUUACCACCAGGGCUGCUUUCGAACUUGACACAAUUGUCUAGCCUGUAAGUUCAACAAAUUAAUAAAUAAAAAGAAGAAAGGUGUAAAAAAAAACGUCACAAAAAGGUUUUUUCACCUGAUCUGGCAGAGAAAUUUAGUACGAAAAUUUUUGGCAUAGCUUUUUGGUGAGUAUUUCUCAAUAUAGUAUAUAAUGAAGAAAAUUACAAUGGCGAGACCGCCUGGUCCCAUUAGCACCUGGAUCAAAGAACACAAGUCCCGUGAUACCUCUGCCGUUUUCGAGCAUUGCCAAGCAACGGGUCACAACAUCAAGCCACACAAUGUAAGAGUACUAUCUGACGAAAACAACACCAUUAAGCGUAGAGUCAAGGAAGCCAUUGCUAUUAACAAAGGAAACUCUCCCUGAAUAGCGGUGAGGGACUGGACUUACCAGCAAUUUACAAUCCUCUCUUGGGGGUUCGUAACGUUACUUUCUGUCACACAACGCUGAUGAAGUCUGAGUGAUUCGGACGAAAUUUCGUUUUCUUAAUUUUUGCUCUGAGUUUUGGAAUUCUCUGUACUUAAGGUUUAAAAUGGGACGCCGGUAUGUCUUUCAAAAAUCAAGAAGUCGUUUAUUUCCAGGGUCGACUUUCUAUCAGUCUCGUAAUCUACGUCAUUCCUCUAUUCACGAACUCGUCAAAGGAGGUGGCUUCCUUACUCAUUUAUUUGAUAUUUAUUUGAUAAAAGUUAGGGUAGGAAAACUAAUACUGUGGUGUUUUUCUUCUGCAGAAAUUUGAGUUCAAAUGACAUUGCGACUCUUGAUGCCGACAUCUUUUCCAGUCUUGGGCAUUUAGACUACCUGUAAGUUUGAAUAGAAAAAGAGAUUCAAAGAGAUUUUUGUAAGGAAGGCAUGACAAAAAGAGCGGAUGGUCUUCUCUUGAUGACAAGCAUUACAACGAUGGGGUACCGAACGAGUUUGAGAAUGCCGGUCAAGGUGGUGGAAAUGAAUCUUUAGACAGUUAGUUUACAACUCAAAUGGGAGUAUUCCUGGAAAAAGAAUAUAAUAAUAACCAAUGUUUAAUACGCCGAAUAUUUUAGGCAGUAAUCUGUUUAAAGUUAGCUGGUUAGCAAAUUGUCAAAGAGUUCCUCUAUCUGCCUUGAAAUAGAAAGACUACUGAAUUCACCAUCUUCCUGGAUUGUUUGAUUUGAAGACAACAGAUCUAUGGGAUUCUAUUCAGAGAGUAUUUCAUUUACGGGGACAUGAGUCCUUGAUGAUUCAUAUAUCAGAAUCUGCAUUCGCGUUUCAUUAAUUAAGGGCUUUCGGGGAACAAUUAACGUGAGCUAUUACUUAUUUCCAGGUCACUGUCUUUCAACAAGCUUGAACUUCUUCCCGACACCAUAUUCACGAACCUUACAGAGCUGCAAUAUCUGUAA